AUGGAGACGAUGGAAAGUUUCCGUUCCGAUCCGUUGAAUCGGAUUGAGUAUGCUUCGGAUGCUUCGGAGCAACGUAGUGAGGAGGAAAACGUUGAAGCCGAUGACUCGACUCACUGUUGCGCCUGUCGCAAGGACCUUGAAACGGUCGAAGCGUUGCAGGAGCACUUGAAGGCAGUACAUCUCCCACAGAACCGCGAAAAUCACGCCAAGCCGUACCAGUGUGACAAGUGUUUCCGGCGCUACUUUAACAAGUACACGCUCAAGCGCCACAAACAGCUGGCCGUGACGGUGCUGCGGCCACGCACGACCGAAGAACCGUUGGCCGCCGAAGACCUCUAUCGGUGCUGCGGUUGUCGGCAGGAUUUCGUGUCGGCCCAAGAGCUGCAAAAGCACUCCAAAGAAGCGCAUCUGAAAAAUCGUGUCUGUUUCGUGGACAACCCCCGGACGCACGAGUGCCCCGUUUGCUACAAACGGUUCAUUUCGCAACCUUCCCUAAGGCGCCACUACAAGGAUCGAUUCCUCUACGGACGUGUUCACCGCGAUCGCAAAGUGUCCGCCAAUCAGUGCUGCGGCUGUGGGGACCAAUUUCUGAACCGAGAGCAGCUACAAGCUCACUCGAACACAGUCCACGAGCCGGAUCGCCUAUCGGACGCGGCGCACCCGGGCGGGUUCGAAUGUACCAUUUGUUACAACCGUUUCUCCAGCAAAGCGGUUUACCGGCGGCAUCGGACGCUCCUCGACCCGGACCAGUUGCGACGCUGCCACGUGUGUGGCAAAUCGUUUCUCCAGCAGCGCAUGAUGCGUGCCCAUCUGCGUAAGUUUCAUCCCGAGACGGCGCGGACCUGUGUGGUUCCACGUGAGCCCGGUGCGGAGGCCAGUGGGGGGAACCAUCAGUGCACGUUCUGUGGUAAAAGGUUCCACAACAAAAGCACCCUGGUCAAUCACGAAAAAACGCACGAUACGAACGCAGAAUUCCGGUGCGCGAUCUGUGAGAAGCGAUUCUCCAACAAAGGCAACUUGAAGGUGCACACGCAACGCCUGCACGGCCAGGCGCCGAGCCGACAGAACCCGUGCGAAUGUCCCGUGUGUGGGAAAAUCUGUAAGACCCCGCACUAUCUGGAGACGCACGCGCGUAUGCACACCGGCGAGAAACCGUUCCAGUGCAAGGAGUGCGGGAAACAGUUUGCGCACGCCUCCGGCCAUCACCGGCAUCUGCAUCUGGUGCACAGCACGUCUAGACCCGUAUUUUGCUGUGGCCAUUGUGGUAAAAAAUUCACCGUCCAGUCCAACAUGCUGAUCCACGAGAAGGGCCACUUGGCGGAGCAAAACGCGGCCGUUGCCUGCACCGUGUGCGGCAAGACGUUUGGCCACGAAAAGUACAUGAAAAAGCACCGCAAGCGCCAACAUGACAGCGGUGGUCCGCAGGAACGGAAUUCACCCGUUUCCCUGUAG